CCCUCACAUGACAGAAUGUCAUAACAACAUUAAUAUAAACAAAGUAGCAUGUGCUCUUCGCGGUCCAUGGUUACAAGAAGGAUGUAAAUCUUAUAAAUCGGAAGCGUUUUAUCGAGAGGGGACAAAUCUUAUUUAUCGGAAGCGUAAUAAUUCCCUUUGCCGUGGUGCCAUCCGUGUUGUGUGUUGUGUUGUGCUUCAUCUUGUGCAGCUGGCCUCGAUGCCGUGCCAAGUGUUCCGUGCGGGUUAAGUGCUUCGCAUCCGUGUGAUCGUCUAUGUUGUGUGUUGUGUUUGCCGGUUUAUUUUUCACAGCUGGCUUCCGUUCAGUUGAAUAUAUCCCGAUGGAUUGCGGCUUCAGUUCAGUUCUCGCUAGUUGUGUACCAAAAAGUUAAAGUGUAGCAAAAUGUGUUUGAAAUGGUAGUAUAUAUUCAGGUGUUGUGAUAUCGGACCAAAACUCAACAUUAUCAGAAUCAGAAUUAAGCACUAAAACUGGCACAAGCGAUUAAAAAGGGCACGGUCAUGCUACAUCCCGAUUGCGAAUAAAUAUCGCGUUAGACGCGAUUGCGUGUGAUUUAGUUUUUCGUGCGAAAGUUAGUGUGACGGAAUAAAAAUCGGUAUAGCAAAAUUAAUUGCUCGCGAGUGUUGUUACAAUACAGUGUCACGUUGUGAGUUACCUCGAAAGGGGUGUAAUUGUAAGGGGGAGAAUCCGAAAGGGUUUUUUCUCAUCCUUCUUGUGAAAAUCGAAAAAAAAUAUUAUCGUUAAAAAGCGUGUGAAAAGGAAAGAAAUCCUUGAAGUGAAAAUAAAAAGUGAUUGAAAAUAGUACACGAGUGUUGGCUAAGCUAAAAGGGAGUGAAUUUAAUUUCGCCCCUCAUUACGUGUGUACGUGAGUGUUGUUGUUGUGGGCGGGAAGCAAAGGAAAGGUUUACCCUUGGGCUUAGAUACGGUGCAUCAUAUUUCUUGCAGCAGAGUUUGUGUGGCUUUUUGGCUUGCGUUUCAUUAAAAAAGUGUCAAUUGUAUCGGUAGCGUUCGCUUUCAAUUAAGCUCCCAAGUGGUUUCUAACGUCGGAAAGCAUUUUUUUUGCAAUUCAUCGUUUGCUACGGAUUUCGUUUGCCGAUUGCUGUUUCUGCGUCAUCGCAACCUACAACUUCACAGAUCAACACUGCCCGAAUGUCAUCAAGCAAAGGAAGUGAUCGUGCAGCAUAACAAGAAAGCUGGUGCAAAAUGAUGAAUUGAAAGUGAAACGGCCCACGUUUGUUGUUUUUCCGCACGUAUAGAAAAGAUGUUCGGGGUGAAACGAGCAAUAGUGUGAAACGCAGUGCGUUGCCAUUUUUUAAAUAGUGCGCCUCCUUCUAAAACAGCACUUGUUCCACUUUCUAACAUACUCCUUGGUUUUCCAUCGACCUUUUUCCUCACCUCAUAUUCCUUGCUCCUACCUGUUUUUCGCGCUCCAUUUACAUCGAACCGUAGUGUGGUGGCUGAUUUGUUUUUGUCCGAUCUUUUGUGCGUGUCUCACUGUGUCGGGUGUCGGGUUCCUUGGAAGCGAAAAGUUAGCGUUUAUGAGCGUGCCAAGUGUUAACGAUCGUGAAAACAACUGUGCCCAUCGCUAUUCCGCCGCAAAACGGUGUUGCUGCUGUCAGUGCUUCGAUCCGACCGCAGCCACCAGCUAGGAUCUGCGACGUGCACACAAUGGCGGUACCGUCACCAUCGCAACAACAGCCGCGAUCAUGCCUCUCGUCGAUUGUGCGUUACCGAAGGUCACAUCAACCCAGCCACAGUCCUUGUCCGGCCAUCGUUCCACCGGAUCCGCACGCUAGCGGUGGCAGAAGCAUGACUACCCGGUGGAUCUUUGUUGCACUCGCAGCACUGUUUGCAAUCACGCUGCGCGAAGUUGACGCGUCACCGAACGCCACCAUCGCUAAUGGAAGCGUUAAUGGGCGGCUUUCGGUAGUGCCCAGUUACAACGGUAGUAGCGAUGAUCUAAUUACGCCCGAUGAGAUCAACGCCGGUUUGCUGGAGUAUGUAGCGGGGCCACUUCCAUUGGCGGCGAUGGAAGCAGCGAAACCGAAGCGAGAAAAUGCACGGCCCGCCGCCAUCUACAUGAACGAGUUUGCCGUGUAUAUUCCACGUGGUGCUGACUUUGCCGACUCCAUCGCGCACAAGUACGGCUUCAGCAAUCUGGGACAGAUCGGUCCCCUGAAAGGCUACUAUCUGUUUCACCAUAAUCACGUGCGCAAACGUUCGAUAGAUCGUAGCGAAGUUCAUCACAAUGCUCUUAAUACAGAACCGGAGGUCCGAUGGGUGCAGCAACAACAUGAAAAGCCCCGAUACAAGCGUGAUUAUAGCACGUUCGAUCAGGACUUUGUGCGAUUUCCGGGCUUCCGUUCGUUGGUGUCCGGUACAAGGAUGGCGUACCGUGAUACAAGCACCCACAAUAUCUUUCCCGAUCCACUGUUCAAGGAACAGUGGUACCUGGUGAGUGCCAACGGUGGCGCCAAGGAUGGACCGGACAUGAACGUUGGACCGGCCUGGCAGAAGGGCUACACGGGCAAGGGUGUCGUCGUGUCAAUUCUCGACGACGGCAUCCAGCGCAACCAUCCGGAUCUGGCACUCAACUACGAUCCAGACGCAUCGUACGACAUUAAUGGCAACGAUUCGGACCCGAUGCCGCGCGAUAACGGUGACAACAAGCAUGGAACGCGCUGCGCUGGUGAGGUUGCAGCCGUCGCCUUCAACCAGUACUGUGGAGUUGGUGUGGCGUACAACGCAAGCAUUGGUGGCGUACGCAUGUUGGACGGUACGGUAAACGAUGCGGUAGAGGCGAAAGCACUCGGUUUGAACCCGGACCACAUCGAUAUCUACAGUGCCUCCUGGGGCCCGGAAGAUGAUGGUUCGACGGUGGAUGGACCGGGACCGUUGGCACGGCGUGCAUUCAUCUUUGGCGUCACGAGCGGCCGACAGGGUAAGGGUUCGAUCUUUAUCUGGGCCUCCGGUAACGGUGGACGUUACACGGACAGCUGCAACUGUGACGGUUACACGAACUCCAUCUUUACCCUAUCGAUCUCGAGCGCCACUCAGGGCGGCUAUAAACCUUGGUAUCUGGAAGAAUGUUCAUCCACACUCGCAACAACGUACAGCUCAGGUACACCCGGACAUGACAAGAGUGUUGCCACCGUGGACAUGGAUGGAUCGUUGCGUCCUGAUCGGAUCUGCACCGUAGAACACACGGGCACCUCAGCCUCGGCACCAUUAGCCGCUGGCAUUGCCGCACUGGCACUGGAAGCCAACCCAUCCCUUACCUGGCGUGAUAUGCAAUAUCUCGUAGUGUUGACAUCACGCUCCGAUCCGCUCGAGAAAGAACCGGGCUGGAUACUGAACGGCGUCAAGCGUAAGGUAAGCCACAAAUUUGGCUACGGACUGAUGGAUGCGGGUGCAAUGGUAAGUUUGGCCGAACAGUGGACCGCCGUACCUUCGCAGCACAUCUGCAAGUCGCGCGAAAUCAACGAAGAUCGUCCGAUCGAAGUGUCCGUCGGCUACACGCUCCAAACGCACAUGGAUGUGAAUGGGUGUGCUGGUACGGUGAACGAAGUGCGCUACCUGGAGCAUGUACAGUGUAAGAUCACGUUACGAUUUUUCCCACGUGGAAAUCUGCGCAUCCUGCUAACCUCACCGAUGGGUACGACCUCGACGCUACUGUUCGAACGGCCGCGUGACAUUACCAAGUCUAACUUUGACGAUUGGCCAUUCCUGAGCGUACAUUUCUGGGGUGAACGGGCCGAAGGUCGGUGGACGCUGCAGAUCCUUAACGGUGGACCACGCCGUGUUAGUCAGCCCGGAAUCCUUUCGAAAUGGCAGCUCAUUUUCUACGGUACCCAAACCAACCCGAUCCGGCUCAAGUCGGAAGGUACGCGUACGGGAGCGGCCGGAUAUUCCGGGCUGAAUCCGUUUGUGUUUCCGACCGAAACGGAUAUCAAUCAGCAGGGUGGUUCACUUGGUGGUGCCGGUGCAGCUUACUAUCAGUCGGAUCUGUACAACAACUUUAUGAACUAUCCGAAUCUGUUCAGUGCGGCCGGUAGUGGGAUCGAUAAGACGGUGGCAACGCUGAACGGUCACAACAUUCCGACGGCACAGCGUGAGAAUGUGAUGGCGGAUUCGAACAACAAGCUUGUGGUGUUGCACGACUGUGACCCCGAGUGUGAUCAGCAGGGAUGCUAUGGAAAGGGCCCGACGCAGUGUGUUGCCUGUAAACAUUACCGAUUGGACAAUACCUGCGUAAGUCGGUGUCCACCAAGAAGCUUCCCGAACCAGGGAGGUGUCUGCUGGCCCUGUCAUGAGUCGUGUGAAACGUGUGCCGGCGCCGGCCAGGACAGCUGUUUGACGUGUGCCCCUGCCCAUCUGUACGUUACCGAUCUGGCCGUCUGUCUGCAGGUCUGCCCGGAGGGAUACUACGAAAAUUACGAUAAUCGAACAUGUGUGCCGUGUGAAGCAAACUGUGCCUCCUGCCAGGAUCGGCCCGAUUACUGUACAAGCUGUGAUCAUCAUUUAGUUAUGCAUGAGCACCGCUGUUAUGCCGCCUGUCCGAAGAACACUUACGAAACGGAGGAUUACAACUGCGCCGAUUGCCAUCCGUCCUGCGCCACCUGCAACGGAUCAUCGGAGAGCCAAUGCAUUCUAUGCCGGGCCGGUCGAUUCGCACACGAAGGUCGCUGCCUGAACGCCUGUCCGGACGGUUACUAUGGUGACAAAAAGCGCCACGAAUGUAUCGCUUGUCCGCAUGGUUGCGCGACCUGUGGUAAUGGGGCCGUUUGUCUCACCUGCCACGACAACUGGACGAUGAACCGGAAGGGGAAAUGCAUUGCCAACGGUAACAACAACUGUGACGAAUCGGAAUAUUUUGAAAACGGCCACUGCCAUCCAUGCCACUCCACGUGCGAAACUUGUACCGGACCGACCGAGAAUGAAUGCUUGACCUGUGCCUCGAAUCUGCUGCUUCAGGGCCAACGGUGCGUUAACGUGUGCGACGAAGGUUACUACAUGGAGGUGGGUGUGUGUGCCAAGUGUCUGCACACCUGCACCCAGUGUGUUUCGCGCAUGAACUGUACCGCUUGCAUGAAGGGUUUGCAGCUACAGAGUGGCGAAUGUCGCACGACCUGUGCCGAUGGCUACUACAGUGACCGUGGAACGUGUGCCAAAUGCUACCUAAGCUGCCACACGUGCAGCGGACCCCGGCGUAACCAGUGCGUCCAGUGCCCGGAAGGUUGGCAACUGGCCGGUGGUGAAUGUUUCCCCGAAUGUCCGGAAGGAUUCUUCAAGACAAAGUUCGGUUGCCAACGUUGCCAUCAUUACUGCAAAACUUGCAACGGAGCUGGUCCGCUGGCCUGUACAUCCUGUCCAGCCCACAGCAUGCUGCAAAACGGACUGUGCAUCGAUUGUCUCGCCUCACAGUACUACGAUCCACCGACGCAAACAUGCAAAACGUGCCACGAGUCGUGCCGGACGUGCAGUGGUCCUGGUCAGUUCUCCUGUCUCACCUGUCCCUUCCCACUGCACCUUGAUCGACUCAACCAUCAAUGUGUGCCUUGCUGUGCGGCGGACGCAUCGCCCGACGAUCAAAGCUGCUGCCAUUGUGACAAAGCAACCGGUGGCUGCAUUAACGCAUCGCCCGCCGGCAAACGACGCAUCGGUGCCGAGCAACAGUUGCUACAGUUUGGCGAGGAAAGCAACAGUGGUGCCGCUAUUGUACCGGGCGAGGGUGCAGAAGCCGGCCAGUCCCAUCGGGUCUGGCAGCAGUUCCUAACAAGCACGUCCACGCCGACGCUGAUGGUGGUCGCCGUGUCCGGCUGUCUGCUAAUUGUUACCCUGUUUGUAGUGAUAUUUACCGUUUUACAGAAGCGUAGCCAAACGAUGUACACUGGAAUUAAGUAUAAUAAAUUAGGCAAGAAACCACCGUCGGGCGGUAGCCGAACCACGAGGAUAUCGAUACCGGCCGAUGGCGAUGAUUUACUGGAACCAAUUGUAAAUAAUGGCGACGAGGAGGAGGACGACGAGGACGACGAGGAGGACGAUGAUGACGAUGCGUACGGUGGUGGGGCCGAACCGACCAGGCAAACGCUGGCCGGAGAGGAGGAGCAGGACGAGGAAGACGAGCAGCAACAACGUGGAGGACGUUUUGACAGCCGGAGGUCAACCGCAGCAAUGGCGCCCGCCAACGCUGCCCGAGGGAAAAGGACGUUCCGGUAUGCGGCUACCGCACGGACCUAGGCAUCACACACCCACGGAUGAAUUUAGAAGCCGGAAUGAACAUAAUUUUACACCUCCCUUUCCAACGUCCUCUCGCGGUUACCGUUUCCCCUUUGCUCCUCCACCCACGCAUACAUCCACCCAUCGUAUAUGCGAACGAGGUGUCUGACACGGAUGAUGGGUGCGGAAAGGUGCGUCUGUUUGCAUGAGAAUGUCCGUGCUGGAGGAACACUUUAGUGUGCCGACCGUGUUUGCACGCGCGUGUGUGCGUGUUGAAAAAUUUUCCCAAUAGCAGCUUCCUGGGAGGAACGUCCCUCCCCCCGGACAUGAAAAGCGAACAUCAAGCGAAACGGAACCAGAACCGAACCCGCGAUGCCUGUGACCACCGCGUAUGGGCACAGUAUGGCAGAUAAACCGCGGCCAUUCUCAAACAGGCCGACCGGAACUGGCCAACGCACACCCACACACACGACCUCCACAUCGCGACAGCAAUUCAUCAGUAGUUAAUUUUAAAUCAUUUUAAGAACUUCGCGCCACUGUUUCAUGUGGUCAGUGUGAGCCACGUAAAUUAUGCUUCGUUGAGUUGUUUUUCUCCACAGGAAUUUUCCCACAAAACAAAACAAAAAUGCUCUAUACAAAUACUGUUUUUUUUUUUUAUUAAAAUUAUAAAACAAAACAUCUUUUCGCAUAUAUUUCGUGGUUCCUUGCAUUUGCAGCCAACCAACGGGAUGGUACGUGCAUUUGUGUGAGUUUGUAAUUGUGCGUGUGAAUGUAUGAGUUUUUUAAAGUAAGAUUAAUGCAAUUUUUGUGAAAUUUUUUUUCUAAGCUUACAAAACACUAACUUCGUUUGUAUGAUUUAUUUCUUUACUUACUUUUUUAAACACUUUUUCGUUUGAUCUUGUCUAUUUCCUUAUUGCUUGCAAACCAUUUUGUGUUUCUUUUGUUUUUUUUAUAUUUAUAUUUGCUUUUUCUUUCUUUUUUUCUGUCUUUUCUUUCUUUUGUUUAUAUGUACUUCAUAUUUACCCAAUUUCUUGGUAGUUAUAAUUAACCCUUCUAAGCUUAUUAAUAAUUCUUUCGUAGUUUCAUUCUGCGCUCUGAUUGAAUAUUGCGUGUGAUUGCGUGCAUUUGCGUGACUAAUGGUUAACAGAAAGUGGGUAGCAAACGAACGAACUCAAAACACAAGGUUUAGAAUGGGAAAUCAUGUGGAGAACAAAAAAAAACGGGAAAAGAAACUGUCGCGCGAAAGGAGCAAAAAUACGGGAGGUAAAAGAUUGAAAGAAGCUAGGGAAUAUUAUAUAUAUAUACAUAUACAUAUAUACAUACUUUAAAAUAGAUAUAUAUUGAACUAUACAUAUUUUUUUUAUUUUGAAAAAAAACACAACCAAAAACCGUCUAUGCAGAACGGCAGCAAAACGCCUAAAGGGGAUGCGAAGCGAAGGGGCACAGGGAAAGGUGAGAAAAAAGGUAGCUAAAAAGCGACAAGCGAAAGGUAAAAAUCAAACUCUUUUUAAACAACCCCCGCCUCGGCUGCAAAAUGUUGAGCAUUGUGUAUAGCAAAAAAAAAAUCCCAUUCAAAAAAAAGGCCCAUUAGAAGUGUAAGUGUGUAAAGGAGAAACGAACAAAUGGAAAAUGAGCCCCGAAACAGGAAAACAGAGUAACGGAUACAGUUGGGUGAUAUUUUUCCUCUAAAAGAAAAAGGUAAGGGAAAAAAGGGCAACGUUGUAGCAACGUGAAAACACUCGCAUUAAACACACACACAGCCCACACGGACACAAAUCAAAAGCGUCGGUAGUGGUAACGAACGUUCGAAAACGCAUUGGCAAAAAGCAGUGGGAAGUAAAACAAAAAAAAACAACAUGAAAACAGGGGUGAUAUGGUGUUAUACUAGGUAAAAUUUAAUUAUUUUUUAAGUCAACCAGAUAAAUAAACGUAAACGAAACACGAAACACAAAACUAAUACUGAAACAAUUUUGCACUAGCGACAAAACAACAGAACAGAACCCGAACAAGCAAACACACGUGUUGCGGUGUGUCAGAAGGGCGGUAAUGAAACAAAAUCAAACAAAACGCUCAGCUUUUAGCUGAAGACAGACAAAACACAGAAGAAUCAAAACUGAUGCAAAACAAAUAGCACACAAAAUAGGAAAGAGUAACACACCCAUGAGGUGUGAACUUAUUAAAGAAAAACAAGCAAACAAACAUAGUUGUUAAACGCCAUGAAAGAAAAGUGUAGGAAAAUUGGAAUGCCAACGAAAAAAGGAUGGGAAAAUGGACCGAGUGGAGACAGGAAAGUGCGGAUUUUGGGGGGGGGGGGGGGGGAGGGAAGGGGGAUAUGAAAAUUGCAUCGGAAACAAACAUACAUAAGCCAAAAGCAUGUACACGCUUCGUGUACACGCAAAAAAGGGAGGAAAAGCUAGAACCAGGUUCGUACUGUGUGGAGAGAACAAAAAACCUGGCAAGAAGCAAAGCGAGUAACACACAGCUGUACACUGCGAAAGUGCAUGACAAAAUGUUCAACUUGUUUUUGUAAAAAAAAAGAAUGAAUAAAAUGGAAACAACCCAAUCAAA